UUGUUUAAUUCACGUCUAUGGAUAUUUUCUGUAAACGUUAGAUAAGAUUUUAACAUACUACAAUAUACUGUAGCAUGUACCGAGGUACAAGAUGAACACAUUGAACAUUUUUUCAAUCAUCUAUAACUCGAAAACUAAGGUAUGAAUUUAUAUGACAUUUUUUUACUUAUUUUAUUAAAUAGAUUCAUCGCCUAAACCAUAAACUGAACAUUUAAGAAUCACUCUAUACAUAUACUUUUUUCUUUUUUUCUUUCUUCAUUUACUAUGCAUUAACUUUGGGACAAAUUUAAUUUAAUUUUAACAAAUGAGUGAUACAAUUACAUUCAAUGUUCUGUCUGGAUUUGAGGUUUAAGCUCAUGCUUAUUAUAGAAAUUAUCGGAUUCAUCUUUUUGUCAGCUAUUAAAAAGAAUGUAUUGAGCUUAAAAAACCUUAAGAUCACCUUGAUACUUUAAAAUGUAAAUUACAUUAUCUAUCUGACGAAUCACUUUAAAUGUAACAUAAACUCAUUUGAAAUCUUUUUCAAUACAAUCGAUAGAUAACGUGUUAUUUUAGAUAAUAAAUUUUACUCUGUAUAUUUUUAAUAUUCGAUAUCGUUUCAAUAAUUUGCUCAUCCCUUAAGUGUCACAAUUAUUUGUUCGAAAACACAUAUAUAAACUUGUUCCUGUAUACAAAGUGAUUCUUUGGCUAGUUGACUAAAACGUAGUUCCACCAACCACAUACGUUUGCUUUACACGUGCAAUCGUUUCCGUUCUAAUACAGAGCCAAUUUUGUCUCAUGAUCAGUCACAUGUCACAGCAAUUUUUAUCGUUGUGGUGGUAUUCUCAGGGAAUCAACUAGUCCACUCUGUAUACCAAAGCACGCAUAUGGGCAACUUAGCAAACAACAGGGAACAAAAAAUAAGAGAGGAGAAAGAGAGAGAGGGAGAGAAUGGAAGAUAGAGAUGAGAGAGAGAAUGGAAGGUAGAGAGAGAGAGAGAGAGAGAGAGAGAGAGAAAGAGAGAGAAUAUUGUCAAAUAAAUAACUGGCGUCAAUGAAAGGUAGUUGCUCGAGAAGCAAGUAUUCGUCACCGCCGGAUCAAGAUUUCUUGCCGAAACCAUAUUCUUGCCACAAGUGCGGUAGAUUGUACAAGCAUAACAGCAGCCUGAAGCGUCAUCUCGAUGUCGAGUGUGGGAGGACGGCUGCAGUAGGACAUGUUGGCGUGGCGAACUGCACUUUGCACCAAUGCAGUAUGUGCGGUAAAACCUAUUCCUGGAAGUCUUCGUACCAUCGACACUUGCGGGAAGAAUGCGGGAACCAACAGAGAGUAAAGUGCAAAAAUUGCGGAAGACAGUAUCGUUGGCGUGAUUCUCUGAACAGACACUUGAAGUACGAGUGCGGAGUGGAACCAAAAUACAUGUGCUCGACGUGCGGUAGAAAAUUCCGUCACAAACAAUUGCUGACUUCCCAUUUGAGGAAAUUUCAUUGAGAUCGUUUCAACGAUCAAUCAUUUUCGCUGUGGUUAUUAAUCGUCGAACGGGAUCACAGAUAAGAAUCCUUAUUAUUUUCCAGAUAAUAUAGAUACACAGUCUACAUGCUGGAAGCAAUAAAGAAGAGUGUAUUAAUGAUUCGGCUGGUAUUUCUCCUUGUUCGCUUCCUUCUUCAUCUCCCCUUGGGUUUGCUUCUUAACGCGGUCCUUAAUACGUCUUGAAGAGUACCGGUGGAUGAAUAAGCAUGACCUUUUUUGUGGCAAAACAUGUCGAUGGAGUACCGUUGUUCGUUUGCGACGAAACACGACUUUCGAUGUGAAAUAAAAUAGACGAUUUUAGCGCGCGAGAUGAAGGAUACAGAAUGGUCAACGAAAUCUCUCGUCAAUCUCGUUAAUCUCUCGUUCUCUUUGUCGUUUGUUUCAGACUCGAAGAGGGAUCACAAUCGGGUUAACUAUGAUGCCCCGUUUACCUGUUACAAAUGUGGUAAACGUUACACGUGGACGGAUUCCUUGACCAGACAUCUUCGAGAGGGCUGCGGAAAGUUACCUAGGCACAAAUGCACCCUCUGCGGCAGGAAAUUCAAACGCAGGGACUAUCUGCUGCGUCACGAAAAUAACGUUCACAAAGCAGAGUGAAAAUCGUCACGAUUCGAAAACGCUUCCGAGAAUCUCGAAAUUUGUUCCAAUUUUGAAUCCGAUCGAAACGUUUCGGACGAAACGUUUCGUGUUUUUUUUUUUUUUUUCUUUUUCGAUUUUUAUAUCAUGUUUUUCUGAUAGUUCUUUUUUCUCUUUUUUUUAACGUUCCAAAUGCAACAAAAAUAACAUUGAAUGUAUUUCUUCGCCUGCGUCAGCGUAUCGCGAUACUGUGAAUGUCGAUAGAGAGUAUCGAUUUACUCGUUUAUAAGACUGAUAUCAUCGAUUUAAACGUGUCAACGCAUAUACGUUAUAUUGUUAAACGUAAGAAAAAGUGUACUUUCCAAUGAUAUCUCGUUUGAUCGUGCAUACUGAGUUCUGAACUUGCGAUUCCUAAAUUUACGAAUGCGUUGACAAAAAUUUCAGACAUUGUAAGAAAUUGUACUGUACGUGAUUCUAGCUCGGAUAGCUUCGAGCCAAGUAUUUGCUAACCAAAAUUAAUAACGAAUCUCAUUUAUUUAUUGACAGUGGAUCGUAAGUCCUCGUGUUCACACUUGUUAUUGUAACUUUUCUAAUGUCACUUAAUCUUUUGAUACGUUUAGAGUGUAAAUAAAGUUUUUUAUGUGGUUCACGUGUUGCAGAUUCAUGUGUUUAAAAAGAGACGCGGUUUAUCGUCCUAUAAGAUUUGCACUUUUUCACUCCGAGAACCCGGCAGUUCAAACAAAAGCGUUCGAUCAACGAUUCGUUUCAUUUCUUUGUGCAAAUGUUGUAGUACGAGUAAUCGAUCGACACUACUACCUAGCGACUGCCAGAUAGAAAUAAAACGGCUUGUUCGACUCGAAAGAGAAAAGUCGAGUGUGGACAGAGAUGAAAUUUCAAAAAUGGAACAACGUGGGGAAACUGAUUGCCAAUGAUUACAUCGCAACGACACUUAUGUUUUCAGCAACCCGACUGUUUUCAUCGCAAAGAAUGGUAAUGGAUCGAUUAAUUGAAAACAGUUCGCAACUUUGAUCAACGGUUUCCGUCGGAAGUUUAAGCACCUUUGAAUUACUUUGCUCGAUACGUUUUUACUAUCAGGUUGACAAUUUUGUUCUUUUCUUUCGUUUUGCGUUCAAAGAAGCGGAUAUGCAUAAUAGGAAAGCGUUAAGAAGCUAUUCGAAUAGGCGUAUCUCUGAACAUAUAUAAUUACAGAAAGUGCAUUGUUCUUUCAGCUUACUGCGGUUCUGACUAUUACAAGAGACUUGGCCGACACUUCUGUUCGAAUUGUGGCAAAGAGUACAGAUGGAUGCAAUCCUUGGUUAGACACGAAAGAGAAGAAUGCGGGAAGGAGCCGCAGCACAGUUGUCCCGUUUGUGGGAUGAAAAUACGCCACAAAUGGAUGUUAAAGAAACAUUUGAUCAACGUUCAUCAUUGGGUUAUUUCGAAUGGGAAGAACGUUUACCUCGGGCCGAGUGACGGUAGCACGUAAUGGUAUCCGGUAUCAGUCUCGAGAUACAAAUGCGCCGGUGAAAAGUAGUAGCUUCUCGCAGCUGCUCGUCCAACCUUUCGUUAUUACAAUAACAAUGUAUACGUACGUAAUUGCGAUAAUUCUUUCAAAAGGAACUUCGCUUGUACUUCUGUGCGUUUCAAUUGUCAAUGUACAUGUACAUUGUGUAAAUGAAAUUGUAUUUGUACGGUAUGUAAAGUUUGGUCAAUAAACAACCUAAAGAAACGCGUGAUGUGUAGCGAGCUAGUCACGAUGAACAUCGUUCCGAUCUGUGGUGAAAAAAGAAAAGAAUAAUCGGUUGAAAGAAAUUCUUUGCAAAAAGAAAAAAAAAAAAAGAAAGAAAGAAGUAAAAUGUAGAGAAAUAUUUCAUUAUCUUCGUAAGAGUUGCAAGAUCUAGCGCGUAACGUAACUAACGCAUUUACUUAUAACUAUAUACGUUAGCCUGACAAUGGUUCUUACGCCACCUGCGAAGAAAGUUUAGAGAGUUCGUAGGUACACGUGUACUUACAAACUUCUUUUUAUAAUAAAUGCCUCGCCAUCGAAAGGCUGAUCGAAAUGAUAGUACAAAUUUGCUGUAUCGUUAAUUUUUAGGACUGCUUAAGAGGUUUGUCUGCGACAAGGUAUAUAAGUGGAAGGAAUCGUUUCACCAGCAUCGUCCACUAGAAUGUGGAAUUGAGCCGCAGUUUGCAUAACGAGGAUUCAAGCAUAAGCACCAUUUGUAAGAGCAUUUAAAGAGACGUCGCUAUUGUGAUUAAUCGAAAGUCUCUCUUAGUCGAAUAAUGAUGAAAUCGGCGUGUUUUUUCGUUUCCUUUUGUUUUCCUACUCUUUCAUUUUCAUUGUGAUAGCACGAGAUAGAAUGGAGAAAACAAAUAAGCAAGAAAAAGA